ACGACUCAUGCUAUGCCUGCAUCCACAUUCUACUACGGCAAGAGCUAGCACCAUUCGCCUAUAUAAAUACCGUUGGUGUCACGUAUGCAACACCUCCAUGAUCCGGACGAGUAGUUAGUUGCCAAAUAACACCAGCACGUACAGCACCAUGGCGUCCGGUGCUUCACGAACCGUCAGGUUUCAGAGCGACGUGGACGUGAAGCACUUCAGAGCGAGCCCUUUGGAGAGCCCGCAACCACCGCCGGGCAGAAAGCGCAGCAGGUCCCAUGACCCGAGGCGGUGGUGGCCGGGAUCCCGUGACUCCCCGGAGAAACCGCGCGCUCGCACGAGCGGCGGCAGCGGCAGAGCCCUCAAGGACAGGGUGCUGUCGCGGGCCUUCUCGGAGGAACUGGAGUCGCUGAUGCACGCCGGCGGCGACCGCCACCUCUUCUUCUUCUUCGACCCGCGCGGGCAGGUGAUCCACCGGUGGCACAAGGUGUUCCUGGCCGCCUGCCUCGCGUCGCUCUUCGUGGACCCGCUCUUCCUCUACCUGACGGGGACGCGGCGGGACGCGUGCGUCGGCUUCGACUACUCGCUGGCGCUCACGCUCUCCAUGAUACGCUCGCUGCUGGACGUCUUCUACGCAGCGCACAUCGUCAUCCGCUUCCGCACCGCCUUCAUCGCCCCCUCGUCGCGGGUGUUCGGGAGAGGGGAGCUCGUCAUCAACCCGUACCAGAUCGCCAGGCGGUACCUUGCAUGGACCUUCUGGUUUGAUCUCUUCACCGCGCUACCACUGCCGCAGUUUGUGUUGUGGGUGGUGGUGCCGAAGCUGAGGGAAUCCGCGAUCACAAACAUAAAGAACGUCCUCCGCUUCAGCAUCAUUUUCCAGUACCUGCCGCGGCUGCUGCAGAUCUUCCCGCUGACGAGGCGGAUCGUGAUGGCGACGGGGGUCAUGACCGAAAACGCCUGGGCCGGAGCAGCCUACAACCUCAUACUCUACAUGCUAGCCAGCCACGUGCGUUGCCUUGAUUUCUCGCGUCUCUCGUCUCGUCUCCAAGCAAAGCAAAUUUCUUUCUUGAGUGGUGACCAUUAUUAUGAACUGGGCGUUGCGUGCGUGCAGGUGCUGGGAGCACUGUGGUACCUCUUCUCGGUGCAGCGGCAGGAGUCGUGCUGGCGGGAGGCGUGCCGCGCCGAGGGCCCGCCGUGCCAGGACAUCUUCUUCGACUGUGCAAGCACAAGCACGGUGAGCAGCAACCGGAGCGUCUGGUACGCGCUCACCAACGUCACGAGGCUGUGCGCCCCCGGCAACAACGGCUUCUACCAGUUCGGGAUCUUCGCGGAGGCGCUGGACGCGCGGCUCACCACCUCCUCCUUCACGCACAAGUACUUCUACUGCUUCUGGUGGGGCCUCAAGAACCUCAGCUGCCUGGGCCAGAACCUCAACACCAGCCUCUCCAUCGGCGAGAUCAGUUUCGCCAUCGUCAUCGGCGUCCUCGGCCUGGUGCUCUUCGCGCUGCUCAUCGGCAACAUGCAGUCCUACCUCCAGGCCACCAUGGUGCGGCUGGAGGAGUGGCGGACCAAGCGCACGGACAUGGAGCGCUGGAUGCAGCACCGCCAGAUCCCGCAGCCGCUCAAGGAGUGCGUCAGGCGCUACCACCAGUACAAGUGGGUGGCCACCCGCGGCGUCGACGAGGAGGCGCUGCUCGAGGACCUCCCCAUGGACAUCCGCCGCGACAUCAAGCGCCACCUCUGCCUCGACCUCGUCCGCCGGGUGCCGCUGUUCGACGAGAUGGACGAGCGCAUGCUGGAGGCCAUCUGCGAGCGCCUGCGCCCGGCGCUCUACACGCGGGGCACGCGCCUGGUGAGGGAGCUGGACCCCGUCGACUCCAUGCUCUUCAUCAUCCGGGGCCACCUCGACUCCAACACCACGCAGGGCGGGAGGUCCGGCUUCUUCAACUCGUGCCGCAUCGGGGCGGGGGAGUUCUGCGGGGAGGAGCUGCUCACCUGGGCGCUCGACCCGCGCCCCGCCGAGGCGCUGCCGAGGUCCACGCGCACCGUGCGCGCCGUCUCCGAGGUCGAGGCCUUCGCGCUCGUCGCCGAUGACCUCCGCUUCGUCGCCUCGCAGUUCCGCCGCCUGCACAGCGCGCGCAUCCGCCACAGGUUCCGCUUCUACUCCCACCAGUGGCGCACCUGGGCGGCGUGCUUCAUCCAGGCCGCAUGGCGCCGCCACAAGCGCCGACGCGCGUCCAUGGAGCUCAGGGUGCGCGAGGGCGGCAGCCAGGCCUGGCCGGGAGGGAGCGUCAGGCGCCGUCGCCACAGUUGCGACGGCAAGGCGCUCAAGAAACCCACGGAGCCGGAUUUCACGGUGGAGCAAGAGGAAUGAAAUGUUUCUUGCUUUGCUUUCUGAGCUGGCAAUGGGCCAACGGCGUCAUUAGUUUUCGCAAAAGUCAAACUUCAUAAGCUUUAAUGUAAGCUAUUUAUUGUUCCGAUAGAUGAUAAUGUACUGUAUUACUGCACCAUAAGACAAUGUCAAAACCAGUCAACACGUCUACAAGAAUAGACACCGUUAAA